AAAUUGAAAAAAAAAAGGCUGGAAACCCUCUGCAGCCAACCCGAGGUGGACUCUUGAGAGAGAAAUCCGCUUUGUAGUGUGAGAGGGAGUGAGAAAUGAAAACAGGGAAAAAGAGGAUUACCAAUUCUGACCCCGUGGAGUCGUCCCCACCUCCAUCCUCCGACCUCCCCGCCGCCGACGCCGGCGAUGAGGAAAGCCUGAAAAAUUCAGCUGACAGCUGGAAGCGCGACGAUGCGGAGGAGCCUGUGGAAGAGGAGGACGCGGACGAGGAAGAUUCCGAAGCUGAGAGAGAGUACGAGCAGGACGAAAACGUUCCGAUUGAGGAGGCUGGAGGCGAGAGGACGAAGCUCGCCGAUGGUUUCUACGAGCUUGAGGCCGUGCGCAGGAAGCGAGUGAGGAAGGGCCAAUUGCAGUAUCUGAUUAAAUGGCGGGGGUGGUCGGAGGCGGCGAAUACUUGGGAGCCGGUGGAGAAUUUGUCGCAGUGUUCGGAUGUUAUUGACGCAUUUGAAGAAAGCCUGCAAACUGGGAAGAGUAAGGCGGCACGAAAGAGAAAGCGCAAGGCUGGUAUAGCUACCAUUCAAACGAAGAAAAAGCAGCCUCAUAAUCAUCAUCAACAGCAGCAGCAGAGGUCUUCUACAUCUGCCAAUUAUAAUGUGCCUCCUCAUGUGAUCAGGAUUGUAGAGGAGCCCAUCUCCUUUCCCGCACUCAAUGAAUCGAGUUUUACAAAUGGGAAUGAUGAGAAUAAUGUCAGUGUCACAAAGAGUGUAGAAACCUCCAAGCAAGUAAAUGAGAAUGGUGGGGGAAUGGGUUCUGUUACAAGAGAAGAAGAUCAUGCGCAAAAUGAGUUGGAUAUGAAACUGUGUGAACUGAAAGGAGCAAUGGCGGUAAAUUCAGAAAACGCUGACAGAGUUGCUAUAGCAUCCCAAGAAGUCCAACAAACAGGAGGGGAUACCUUGGUGAAUGGAUUAAAGAAGAUGGAUGUAGUAGAUGCAGUGCCAGUCCAAUUAGGUCGUGUUACUGGAGCUAAAAAGAGGAAAUCUGGUGUCGUCAAGAGGUUCAUAAAAAAUCCAGAACCAUGCUCUGUGGAUGGUGCACCAAAUGGACCCCCGGCAAGUGCUACACUCAUACCAAUAAAUGUUCAAAAAUCAGAGUUUCCCGUAUCCAUGAUGAGUUGCAAGAGUAAAUAUGAGGAUUCCAAAAGCAGCUUCUAUACCAUCAUCGAAAUUGUCAAGCCUGUAAGCUAUAAGGCUUCCAUAUCUGGGAAUGACCAAGAAGUCCUGGUAGCCUUUGAGGCCAUAAGGGCUGAUGGAACCAAAUUAAUAGUGGAUAACCAAUAUUUGAAAGCAAACAAUCCACUGUUGCUGAUAGACUUUUAUGAGAAACAUUUACGGUACAGCCCGACUUCACCAAAAUGAUUAAACGGCCGAGUGCACACAAUCAGAAGCAACAUCGUUUCAUGUUUCUCCUUGUUUACUGGUGUUUUUGAUGUUUCCCUUUGUUAUUGUUGUAGUUUGUUGCAAAAAAGGACCACAGUUUUAAGACAUUUAGCAGAUUACCUAUAGGAAGGGUGGUAAAUAAUGUUGGAUUUGUAUAAAUCUAAACUGUUCUUGUUGCUGGUUAAGUUUAUAAAUAUGUUCUCUUUUUAUGUGCA